CAAUAAUGUAAUGUAAUAAAUAAAUAGGCAGAUGAAGAAAAAGAAAAGAAACACAACAAAUUGAAUUCGCCCAACAAAGAGAACCCACAUUUUUGUUUCAUUUUCGCAUCAUUUUAAUCUAAAUUAUUUUACAAUAUUUUUAGGAGUGAUAUGUACACAUAUAUGUAUAUCUAUUACGUAAUUGCAGCAUUUUUCAAUUAUCAUAUUCUCGUUCGGGUAGUUGCCGAGUAAAACUCACUGCAAUCAAUUUUCUUGAAAAACCUUUUCUUGGAUCCAUCGUAUGAGGAGUGAGGACCAUCAUUUUUAUACCCAUUUUCUCUCUUCCUUUUGAUCUCUUGCAGCAGAUACCUUAAUAUUUUCUGUAAUUAUGUAUAAAUUUUCAUGAAUAUUUACGGUCUCAAAAAAAAAAGGAUGAAAUACUUUCAUAGCAGUGUGCAUAAGAGCACAUUUUCCUCAAUUAUUGUGAAAUUUGGGAUAUGUGUUCUGUUCUUGGGGCUCGCCUAUCGCUUGUUUUCAUCGAGUUUGGUUCAAUUUUCCCCCGUUAUUGUGGCUGAGGAUGAUGAAAUGGGUUUCGACAAAACCUCGCCGGCCCAAGCGGCGGCGGCGGCGGCGUCUGAGCCGUCGUCGGAGCAGCCGCCCGGUAGUGAUCUUUACGGAAAUCCCGAUGAUAAUCGGACUUCCGACAACGGGAAGUGCAAUUUGUUUGUAGGAGAUUGGGUGCACGACCCAGAUGGACCACGCUACACAAACUCCACUUGCCAAACUAUUGAAGAUCCCCAAAACUGCAUGACGAAUGGGCGGCCGGAUUUCGAUUACGUCUACUGGAAGUGGAAACCGAGGGACUGUGAUCUGCCCAAAUUCGAUCCUAAGAAGUUUCUCAAUAUGAUGCGGCAUAAGUCGCUCGCGUUUAUUGGCGAUUCGAUUAUGCGCAAUCACGUGCAGUCCUUGCUCUGCAUGCUCUCGGAGGUUGAACGAGCCGUGGACAUCUACCAUGACAAGCCCUACAAAAACCGAAAAUGGUCUUUCCCAUCUCACAACCUAACAAUCUCCCUCGUCUGGUCCCCUUACCUCACUAAAGCAAUCACCUUCGAAGACGACAAUGGGGUCUCGACGGGCCUUACCCAGCUCCACCUCGACAAGCCCAAUCCCAUAUGGGCCCACCAAAUCCAAAACCUCAACUACGCCAUAAUAGCCGGAGGCAAGUGGUUUCUCAAAUCCGCGCUCUACUACACAAACAACACACUAAUCGGCUGCCACAACUGUCACGACCCAAACAUAACUCAACUGGGCUUUGCUUACGCCUACCGUAAGGCGCUCCACACAGUCUUCGAAUUCAUGAUGGGCUCAAAAAACGGGCCUUUGGUUGUUUUUCGAUCGACGGCUCCAGAUCAUUUUGAGAAUGGGGAGUGGGAUUCGGGAGGGUAUUGUAACCGGACGAGGCCGUUUAGGGUUGGAGAGGUUAAAAUUGGGGACAUGGAUGAGGUGAUGAGGAGGGUGGAGCUUGAGGAGUAUGGGAAUGCGGUGAAAAGGGGUUUUUUUACUGGACAGGUGAAAGUUAAGCUUUUUGACGUGACUUUGGUGUCGUUGCUGAGGCCGGAUGGGCACCCGAGUGUUUACAGGCAGUUUCACCCUUAUGAAGGGAGGGAUGGGAAGAAGAAGGGGAGGGUUCAGAAUGAUUGUCUGCAUUGGUGCUUGCCUGGACCUAUAGAUGCUUGGAAUGAUUUGGUUAUGGAGAUGCUUGUUGAGGAUUUGGAAUGAUGUGUUUUUUUUAUUUUUAUUGUGUGUGUGUGUGUGUGUGU